CAGGCCGAAGCUCACGCUUCCCUCUCUCCCACCUCACCAAAGUCCACAGGCCAAAGCCGCCAAACUCAUCGCCCUUUCUCUGAGACUUUUAUGCAACCAGAGCACUACUCUCAUCUAGCGAACUCGUCGGCGUCAUCGCCGAUUCAGUGAGUCAACCCGCCGCCAUCACUCAGCGCUCCUAACAACUGCAUUUCAUCGACGGAUAAACUCACCCGACAUCCACACUGACCCCAGAUCUGACUCAUUGAGCCUCCCCUUAAAUCUUCCCAACUUGGGAAUGGCUUCUUCGGAAGCCGAUUCCCGGCUAAGUCAGGUCGUCUCCCCAGCCCUCGAGAAGAUUAUCAAGAACGCCUCAUGGCGCAAGCACUCCAAGCUCGCUCUCGAGUGCAAAUCCAUCGUAGAAAAGCUCUCUUCCCCUUCGACGAACGAGACUCUGCCCGAGCCUGAUUCCUCCGUCCCAGGCCCUCUCCACGACGGCGGACGCAUCGAAUAUUCCCUCUCCGACUCCGAGUCCAUCCUCAGCCCACUCAUCAAUGCCGCCAACUCCGGCGUCCUCAAAAUCGCUGAACCCGCUGUCGAUUGCAUCCAAAAACUAAUAGCCUACGGCUACCUACGCGGCGAGGCCGACUCCACCGGUGACGACGAGGCCAAGCUCUUAUCCAAGAUGAUCGAGUCCGUCUGCAAAUGCCACGAUUUGGGCGACGAUCAAAUGGAAUUGCUCGUUCUCAAGACGCUCUUAUCAGCAGUGACCUCCAUUCCGCUGCGAAUCCACGGGGAUUGCUUGCUUCAGAUCGUGAGGACGAGCUAUGAUAUCUACUUGGGGAGCAAAAGCAUGGUGAACCAGACGACGGCCAAGGCAUCCUUGAUUCAAAUGCUCGUGAUCGUGUUCCCGAGAAUGGAGGCGGACUCGUCGACGGUGCCGAUUCAACCAAUUUUGGUUGCCGAACUGAUGGAACCGGCGGAGAAAUCCGAUGCGGACGGGUCUAUGACAAUGUUCGUCCAAGGGUUUAUAACGAAGAUCAUGCAGGACAUUGACGGGGUUCUGAAUCCUGUUAGUCCAAGGAAGGUAUCGUUGGGUGGUCAUGACGGGGCAUUCGAGACAAGGACGGUUGAGACGACGAACCCUGCUGAUUUGUUGGAUUCAACGGAUAAAGAUAUGUUGGACGCUAAGUAUUGGGAGAUCAGUAUGUAUAAGACGGCGUUGGAGGGAAGGAAGGGUGAGUUAGCGAAUGGGGAGGGUGAGAGGGAUGAGGAUUUGGAGCUUCAGAUUGGAAAUAAGCUGCGGAGGGACGCUUUUUUGGUGUUCCGGGCACUUUGCAAGUUGUCAAUGAAGACGCCUCCCAAGGAGGCGCUGGCGGAUCCCCAGUUGAUGAAGGGGAAGAUUGUGGCUUUGGAGUUGUUGAAGAUUUUGUUGGAGAACGCCGGGGCUGUGUUUAGGACUAGUGACAGGUUUUUAGGAGCCAUUAAGCAGUACUUGUGUCUAUCAUUGUUGAAGAACAGUGCUUCGACUCUAAUAAUUGUUUUCCAGCUUUCUUGCUCCAUUUUCAUUAGUCUGGUGUCAAGAUUUAGAGCUGGAUUGAAAGCAGAAAUUGGAGUAUUUUUUCCUAUGAUUGUUCUUAGAGUUUUAGAAAACGUUGCCCAACCGAAUUUUCAGCAGAAGAUGAUUGUGCUUCGGUUUCUUGAAAGGCUCUGUGUUGAUUCACAAAUCUUAGUGGACAUCUUUAUUAAUUAUGAUUGUGAUGUCAAUUCAUCAAACAUAUUUGAGAGAAUGGUCAAUGGACUUCUUAAAACUGCACAAGGUGUCUCUCCCGGUGUAACCACCACAUUGUUGCCACCGCAGGAGGUGACCAUGAAACAUGAAGCUAUGAAGUGCUUAGUGGCUAUUUUGAGAUCAAUGGGAGAUUGGAUGAAUAAACAGUUGCAUAUUCCAGAUCCUCAUUCUACCAAGAAAUUUGAAGCAGCAGAUAACAGUCCUGAACCUGUAAGUCUUCCCAUAGCAAAUGGUAAUGCGGAUGAGCCUGUUGACGGGCCAGGUUCUCAUUCUGAAGCUUCCAGCGAGGCUUCUGAUGUUUUGACAAUCGAGCAACGACGAGCUUACAAGCUGGAACUUCAGGAAGGUAUAUCUCUUUUUAAUCGGAAACCUACAAAAGGGGUUGAAUUUCUUAUCAAUGCAAGCAAGGUGGGCAAUUCACCUGAGGAGAUAGCAUAUUUUCUUAAAAAUGGAUCUGGGUUGAAUAAGACUUUGAUUGGUGAUUAUCUAGGAGAAAGGGAAGGUUUUCCACUGAAAGUAAUGCAUGCCUAUGUGGAUUCCUUUGAAUUUCAAGGCAUGGAUUUUGAUGAGGCAAUCAGGGCCUUUCUUCAAGGCUUUAGGUUGCCUGGUGAGGCACAGAAGAUUGAUCGAAUCAUGGAGAAGUUUGCUGAGCGGUAUUGCAAAUGUAAUCCGAAGGUUUUUACAAGUGCUGACACGGUCUAUGUCCUUGCUUAUUCCGUGAUAAUGCUCAAUACUGAUGCUCAUAACCCCAUGGUGAAGAACAAGAUGUCAGCUGAUGAUUUUAUAAGAAACAAUCGUGGCAUAGAUGAUGGAAAAGAUUUACCUGAGGAGUACCUGAGGUCACUCUUUGAACGAAUAUCAAGAAACGAGAUAAAAAUGAAAGAUGAUUUGGCUCCUCAACAAAAACAGUCUAUGAACUCAAACAGACUUCUAGGCUUGGACAGUAUCCUGAAUAUAGUGAUACGAAAGCGCGAAGAAGACAGAGAUAUGGAGACCAGUGACGAUCUUAUUAGGCACAUGCAAGAACAAUUUAAAGAAAAAGCUCGCAAAUCCGAGUCAGCUUAUUAUGCGGCAACCGACGUGGUGAUCCUUAGAUUCAUGAUUGAAGUAUGCUGGGCUCCUAUGUUGGCUGCCUUCAGUGUUCCACUUGACCAAAGUGACGAUGAAAUAGUAAUAGCAAUGUGCCUUGAAGGCUUCCAGUAUGCUAUCCAUGUUACUGCUGUGAUGUCCAUGAAGACUCAUAGAGAUGCUUUUGUGACUUCCCUAGCAAAGUUUACCUCUCUCCACUCUCCCGCUGAUAUCAAGCAGAAAAACAUAGAUGCUAUUAAGGCAAUAGUUAAAAUUGCAGAUGAAGAUGGGAAUUACUUGCAAGAAGCUUGGGAGCAUAUAUUGACUUGUGUUUCUAGGUUUGAGUAUCUACAUCUCUUGGGGGAAGGUGCUCCUCCUGAUGCAACCUUUUUUGCUUUUCCUCAGAAUGGGUCUGAAAAAUCUAGACAAGCUAAGUCCACAAUCCUUCCUGUUUUGAAGAAAAAGGGACCUGGGAGAAUUCAGAAUGCAGCUUCUGCUGUAAUGAGGGGUUCCUAUGAUAGUGCUGGUAUUGGUGGCAAUGCCUCAGGGGUGGUCUCAUCUGAACAGAAGAACAACUUAAAUUUGAACCUGUUAGAACAAGUUGGGAGCUCUGAAAUGAAUCUCAUAUUCACACGGAGUCAAAAGUUAAACAGUGAGGCAAUAAUAGACUUUAUUAAGGCCCUUUGCAAGGUCUCUAUGGAGGAAUUGAGAUCUGCAUCUGAUCCACGGGUUUUCAGCCUUACAAAGAUUGUUGAGAUUACGCAAUAUAACAUGAACCGCAUCCGGCUUGUGUGGUCAAGCAUCUGGCUUGUGCUCUCUGAUUUCUUUGUAACCACUGGCUGUUCUGGAAACCUUUCUGUUGCAAUAUUUGCAAUGGAUUCUUUACGCCAGUUGUCAAUGAAGUUCUUAGACCUAGAAGAAUUGGCUAACUAUAAUUUUCAAAAUGAAUUUAUGAAGCCUUUUGUCACUGUAAUGCGCAAGAGUAGUGCCGUUGAAAUCAGAGAAUUAGUCAUCAGAUGUGUCUCACAAAUGGUGUUAUCUCGUGUCAGCAAUGUUAAAUCUGGAUGGAAGAGUAUGUUCAUGGUCUUCACAACUGCAGCUUCUGAUGACCACAAAAACAUUGUCUUAUUGGCCUUUGAAAUAAUUGAGAAGAUUGUGCGAGACUACUUUCCAUACAUCACUGCGACCGAAACCACCACCUUUACGGACUGUGUCAAUUGCCUGAUUGCCUUCACUAAUAACAGAUUCAGUAAAGACAUUAGCCUUAAUGCCAUUGCUUUUCUUCGGUUUUGUGCAACAAAACUUGUAGAAGAAGAUAUUGGCUCCUCAUCAAGGAAUAAGGACAAGGAAGCUUCUGCAAAGUUAUCGCCAUCUUCACCUAAAUUCAGAAAAGAUGGUAUACAAGAUAAGGGAGACACUGAAGAUAAGGAUGAUCACAUUUAUUUCUGGUUUCCUUUGUUGGCUGGUUUGUCAGAACUCAGCUUUGACCCUAGGCCUGAAAUCAGGAAGAGUGCCUUACAAGUGCUGUUUGAUACUUUACGCAACCAUGGUCACCAUUUCUCACUUCCUUUGUGGGAACGAGUGUUUGAAUCAGUUCUAUUUCCAAUAUUUGACUACGUAAGGCAUGCUAUUGAUCCUUCUCGGGGGAACUCACCAGGUCAGGGAACUGAUAGUGACACAGGCGAGCUUGAUCAAGAUGCAUGGCUCUAUGAGACUUGCACAUUGGCCCUCCAACUAGUUGUAGAUCUCUUUGUCAAAUUUUAUAACACUGUCAAUCCACUUUUGAAAAAAGUUUUGAUGCUUCUGGUUAGCUUUAUUAAUCGCCCUCACCAAAGUCUUGCUGGUAUUGGUAUUGCCGCAUUUGUCCGUUUGAUGAGCAAUGCUGGUGAUCUAUUUUCCGAGGACAAGUGGCUAGAAGUGGCUUUUUCGUUGAAACAAGCAGCUAAUGCAACAGUUCCUGAUUUCUUGUUCAUUGUCAAUGAACCUUCUUUAUCUAGAGAAAAUUAUAUAGAGUCUUCCGUGUCUGACAUUCCUGAUGGUGAUUCAGAGAGCCUAAGGACACGCCAUCUCUAUGCUUCUUUAUCUGAUGCCAAGUGCCGCGCUGCUGUUCAACUUUUAUUGAUUCAGGCAGUGAUGGAAAUCUACAACAUGUAUAGGUCUCACCUUUCAGCAAAAACUACCUUAAUACUCUUCGACGCAUUGCAUGAUGUGGCAUCCCAUGCUCAUAAGAUCAAUAGUAAUGCAAUGCUACGAUCAAAGCUUCAGGAGUUUGGUUCUAUGACCCAAAUGCAAGACCCUCCAUUAUUGCGGCUUGAGAAUGAGUCUUACCAAAUUUGCUUCACAUUCAUACAGAAUCUUAUACUGGAUAGGCCUCCAAGUUAUGAUGAGGCCCAGGUGGAAUCCUGCCUUGUUGACCUUUGCAAGGAGAUCUUGCAGUUUUAUAUUGAAACUGCUCGGUCGGGACAGAUAUCUGAAUCAUCAUCCAUUGGGCAGCUUCAUUGGAAAAUUCCCUUAGGUUCUGGGAAACGGAGAGAGUUGGCUGCACGUGCGCCUCUCAUUGUCACCACUCUCCAGGCCAUCUGUAGACAGGAAGAGAGUUCAUUGGAGAAGAACUUGGGUCGGUUCUUCCCCCUACUAUCAAGCUUGAUAAGUUGUGAACAUGGGUCAAAUGAGGUCCAGAUAGCACUCAGUGAUAUGCUUAGUUCAUCAGUGGGUCCGAUUCUGCUUCGGUCUCGUUGAUAUUGUUACCCAAGUCUUAUUUUAUAUUCUUUUUUAUAUUUUUCAUUUUUUGAUAAUUGUAUGAGAGUUGGGCCUUGUUUUGGUUUGGCUGGUGUUUCGGAACCUUCUGUACGUAGUAGUUUAUUCAGGCGAGCGGCUCUUCCUAAUAGAUUGAUAGAUUUUUUCAGGAGUUCCGAUGUUGUAUGUUAGUGAAACAUUCCUAUUGACAAGGAAUUCCAGAACAAUAAAUUCUUGUAAAGAAGUUGCUAUGCAGCGCAUUACAGAUGGAUGGAUAAAUUCUUUUUCGCAUUUGUCG